AUGUCGAAGGCAAGACUAAAGAAAAGAGACUCUUCAUCCAGCCGAUCCCCUUCAUCUAAAGGACGGUCACCUACUAAAGAGGCCUCCUCACUUGUCUCUGGGGUUUCUGGAAGUUCCUUGAGUGAGCUUUGGAAGAGUUCAGUCUCCAUGUGUCCCGAAUGGGACGACAGCGAAGUCAGUGCAGAGAAAUGGGAUGCAGCCAAACGAGGAAAAGAUAGCAAGUCUAAGAAGACCCCUCUCAGUCAAUUGUUUGAGGAUCCAGAAGGGAAAGUAAAGAUCCCAGCAUCUCUGACUGUUCACACCUGGAAACGGCCCAUGGAGCACAUUGUUAACAAGACUCCAGUUGUUGUCGAAAAUGAAUCAACAUUUGAUCUCACUUCAGCCAAUGAGCAUUUGCUGUCCAGUGAACUCAUGCGCUGGAUCAUCAGUGAGAUCUACAUUGUGUGGCAAGUGUGCAACAGACAGGCAGGUGAGGACAACUCCCUCUCUGAGGAUGCCUUCACCUCAAGCCCCUGGAGACCCUGGGAACACAUCUAUUCCCUGUGUAAAGCAGUGAAGGGGCAUGUGCCUCUUUACAACGUCUAUGGGAAAUAUGUGGUCCGGCUCUACUGGAUGGGCUGCUGGAGGAAGAUCACUAUUGAUGAUUCGUUGCCAUUUGAUGAAAAUAACAACCUGCUGCUUCCAGCUACCACCAAUCAGUCAGAGCUCUGGCCUAUGCUGUUGGCUAAGGCUAUACUUAAGUUGGCCAGUACAGAAGUGGUGCAAAAUACCAGCAGAGAACUAGAAGAGUUCAGCAUCAUACGCUGUCUGACCGGCUGGAUCCCAGAGGUUCUGCUCCUUAAUCCCAGAUUGAAAUAUGUAGAAGAAACAUGGGAAUACCUGAACAACACCAUUCCCAAGUUUCAGCUGACAGAUGAGAGCUCAGAGGAGAGACCUCCAUCAGUCAACUUCACUGCCACCAGGGACUCACCGAGUGAGUCACUUUCCCCAAACAAAGGAAAACAAAAAGGCAGUGGACCUCCUUCUGCUCCUCAGAUAGUGGUGUGUGCCAGUUUCCAGUCAUUGAACCUGCAGGAGAAGAAGACCUCCAUGCUGGGCCAGAUGGCAGAUACAUCACAGACACUGCGACAGUACGGGCUCUGUCAGCUCAGCAGCCACUCUGUACUGCUGACGUGUACCAGGGACUGCCCCCUGGUGGCUGUUCCAGAACCACCCCCUGCGCCUCAUUCGAAACACAUCCGGACCCCCAAGGAUAUCAAUAUUACAGAUGAACCAAAAAAGGUCCCAGUUGAGAGGCCUGAGCGGUACAUAGGUAUAGCCAGUCCUUUCAUCAACUUCAAGCUUGCACCUCUUAAAAUUGAUUCAAAGACGGUUUCAAAACCAGUUGGCCAAAGACGACACAUGCGUACCUCUGAUCAUCCUUCGUUCUUGGAGUCAGAAGAGAAUAAGAGUCCCGACCUCACUCAGCACAAUGCCACAGAUACUGAGGUACCAGCAGAAAAUAAGAUGAAGGAUGAAAGCCUUGCUAAUGAUGCUGAUUUGGUUCCUGAGAAGGAAACCUCACCUUUCCAGGGAAUGUAUUUGCAGGAGAAGGCUAUGCUUCAAGAAACAUGGGUCAACAUGCAAGACUUCACCAAAUGCUUCCAGACAUUGAUGGUUUUUCACAAAGAAAACAGCUACCAUUACCAGUUUCAGAAGUCACAGUUUAAGGCAGAAAAAGAGACGGGCCAUUACUUCUUAUCUGUAGAUAACCUGCUUCCUAGCAAGAUUCUCAUCUGUUUCUCCGCACUGCAACACUGGAAAGAUACCAAUCAUGAGCAAAAGGAUUGUGUGUCCAGGCCUGGUCAUCUGUGUGUUGAACCUUUUUCCUGGAAGAGCGUCCAGGCUCAGUAUCCCCUGCUGGCCAUCAACACUACAUCUUGCAAAGCAGCUGUUCUUUCCCUGCCACCAGGGCGUCAUGUUCUUCAUAUCCACACAUGGGUGCAGUUUAGUAUCCACAUGCAGCUCUACAGUGAGACAGCUUUCAUAUUUGGAGAAGAGGAGGAAGUGAUGCCACACCUAGAAAAGGAGAGUUUGAGGUUCUGUGAGCAGGCUCUGUUGAUCCUCAGAGCACUGGGUGGAAUGAUUAGAUCCUUCUCAAACCCAGACGAACUCCCAUCAGCAAGCAGGACACUGGAAGAAGCAGUCUGCCCUCUGUCACUUAGCAAAAUAACAAAAAUGGAGCACUGGAGGGUCUUCAGUCAUGCGGUAUAUCACAUGUUUUGCUGUGUGCUGGGAAGAAAGCUGACAUCUGAGGAACUGUUUGCGGUGCAGACCCUGACUAGAGACCCCACACUUCACUCCAGCAGCACAGAGAACAUAACAGAUGGUGUUCCAGAGGGAUGGAGUGGUAGGCAGGCCACUGAACAAGAAAACCAGGCAGCAACAAUUUUGCAGGCGGGCUGGAAGGGCUACCUGGUGAGAGAAAUUCUGAAUGCUGCAAAACCAGGCUCUGAGGAGAAUCAGAAAGUUGCCAAGACUCUGUUGGAGAUGUGGACUUCAGUGGAAUCGGACUUGGAGAAGCAUGCUGUGUCUUUAUUGAGGUGUAUGAUCAUGAACAAUGAGCAGCUAGUGGAUCUGUACCCAUGUGGUGGGGAUGAGUGGACGAAAAUUACCUUCACCGAUUACUCUGUCCCUGUCCAUGAGUCAACCAGUUCCUGGGUCCUGCUUUUUAGGGAGGUGUUCCAUGUUCCAAAAGCCAUAUUACUUGUGCCUAAGAUCUACUCUCCAUUUCCAUGUUACCUUGAUGUCAUCAACAAUGACACUAAGGAGGAAAUACCUAAAUUCUUCAAUAGUGUAUUGCCAUUUACAUACACACCAAAUAAGGCUGGCUACACUUUUGUGGCGUACACCAGCAAAAUGUCUGUAGUAGGAGAAUCAUGGCGAUUGCGUCUGAUCAGUUCCCGAGAGCAACUGGCCCAGCUGGCAAAAGAAAAACCAGUCAGCAACUUCUUAGUGAAGGAGUUCAAAGAUUACUACCUACCUAACAAGAAGAACAUUAUCUGCAGGCAUACGGUGAAAGUCUCAUGUGAUCAGGUUGCCACAGUGCAAUUCCAGACUUCAGAAGAGGAUGUCUAUAUUAAACUCAGCAUCCUGGACCAUGAGAGAGAGGUGGACAGCAAGACAGGCCAAGGACACGUUGUUAUCCCUAUGUGCUACUUUUCGGCCAGUGACGGUUCCUGCGGCAGUGCUGUGGAGAAAGCGGGGGUGAGUCAGUCUCAGGACGGCCCUGGCGGGGGUCAUGAGGAAGGCAGAGGAGCCUCUGAGUGCCAGCCUGCCCAAAUGCAUCAUAAAUACAUUCUUCAAGCAGAGGUGCUUUACAACAGCUGGCCUUUGGAAGACUCACUGUCAGACUUCAUCCAAACUCUAAGAGAUAAGGAGAACAAUGAGAUGAGAGUGUUCAGACAUCUGAUCGAAGAAACGCCUGCAAAUGUGGCCCAGCCCAGCAACGAGGCACAGAAACCAUCCACGUCCAAAGCUACCAAGACCAAAGAGAAGGAAAAAGACAAACUCACAUCCGAGAGUGUAGAUGAGAGCAAGCCCCACUGGAUGCUGUGUGUGGCCAGUGAGCAGUUGGAGGCAGAACAAAUUGAAGUAAAAAAGGACACAGAGAGACUGGAGCAAAUUAAGGCAAUGAAACUGGCCUGGGAAGCUGCAGAGCCUGGCAGAGCAGCUAAGGCUUUUCACACCCGACAGCAGUACCUGACAAAACUGAAGACACUCGGAGAAGACUACACACUUGACCUCACACCUUUCAUCAGGAAGACCAUUGGGCCAGAGCGCCUAAAGGAUGCAGUGAUGGAGGAGGAACAGCAGAGGGAGCGAUUGGAGAAGAUCCAGAGCUUUCGGCUGUACAGAGAGACCGUGCAAGAUCACCGUAGGCAGGAGCAAGAGCAGACUAAACAACUGAUAAAGGAACAACGAGAGCUGUUUGAAAAAAUUCAGGAGGAGAAAGCUGAGCUCUUCCGGAAGUUUGAUCAGACUCGAGAGCUUAUAAAGGUCUGGAAGCUGAAGGAAAAGUCUCAAAGGAGACGACACGAGUCUCAGAAGAAAGAAGGAGUUUCUAUUGAUUGAACUUUUAAAGUAGAUACAAAACACUGAUAAGAGCACAAUACAUAGUACAUACAUAUAACACACACACCAAUCAGUCAUAAAACUGAAAACACUGACAGGUGAAGUGAAUUACAUUGAUUAUCUCAUUACAAUGCCACCUCGCCUGGCUCAUUGCUUCAUUGCGCUUGGCUGGCUGAAGAAUUUCAAGAAUUUGCUGAUCGCAAAUACUUGUGCAUUGCACAA